AUGGAUGUCACUGGAGAUGUCGGCGGCCAUCCCCUCCUCUUCGCCGUGCCGCUGCUGCACCUCCUCGCAGCGCCCUACACAAAGGUCGAGGAAUCUUUCAACCUGCAGGCCACCCAUGACAUCCUCACCUACGGCACCCCGACGCACGACGUCCACGCGCGGCUCUCGUCCACGUACGACCACUUCACGUUCCCCGGCGCCGUGCCGCGGACGUUUGUCGGGUCGGUGCUGCUCGCGGGCGUGAGCCAGCCGCUGGUUGCGCUGGCGGGGUUCCAGCAUGCGCAGUUCAUUGUGAGGGCGGUGCUGGGGUGCUUUAAUGCCGUGUGUCUGGUGGUGUUUGGGAGGGCGUUGCGAGAGGCCUUUGGGAAGGGGGCGGCGAGGUGGUGGGUGAUGUUGAGCGUGAGCCAGUUCCAUGUGGUGUUUUACUUGAGCAGGACGCUGCCCAACAUGUUUGCCUUUGGGUUGACAACCCUAGCAGCAGCCUACCUCCUCCCCCAAAACGAUCCCCAAAAAGCUCGCAUCAGCCGCCGCAGAGCAAUCGCCCUCCUCGUCUUCGCAACCGCCGUCUUCCGCUCCGAGCUCGCCAUCCUCCUCGCCGCCACGGGACUUCUCCUGCUCGUCAAUAGGCACCUCGGCCUACGCGAGUUCAUUGUCGUCUUCAUCGCCUCCUUUGUCACCUCGCUUGCCCUCUCGGUGCCUGUCGACUCGUACUUUUGGCAGAGGCCGCUGUGGCCGGAGCUCGCUGGCUUCUACUACAAUGCCGUGCUGGGGUCAUCUUCGAAUUGGGGCGUCUCGCCGUGGCACUACUACUUCACGUCUGCCCUGCCGCGGCUUCUGCUCAAUCCAUUGUGCAUCCCACUCAUCUGGUUGGCGCUCUCCCAGCCUGGAACAUCUGGUCGAGUCCGGGAUCUCAUCAUUCCAUCCAUCGUCUUCGUCGCCGUAUACUCCAUCCAGCCACACAAAGAAACCCGCUUCAUCUUCUACGCCGUGCCUCCUCUCACCGCGGCCGCAGCCGUAGGCGCCAACUUCAUCUCAUCGCGCGGAUCCAAGUCUCUCAUCUAUGGUCUCGCCACCCUGAUCCUCGCCAUCUCCGUCCUCGCCUCCUUCGCCGCCAGCACAGCCAUGCUCCUCCUCUCAUCGCUCAAUUACCCCGGCGGCGACGCCAUCUCUCAACUCUACGCCAUCACGACCAACGUCACUUCGUCCUCCCCCGAGCUGUUCGUCCACGCAGACGUCCUCACUUGCAUGACGGGGCUCACUCUCUUUGGCCAAAACCUCCACGGCUCUUCGCCAACAUCUUCGUCCCCAGUCCUGAUCUUCGACAAAACUGAGGUAGACGGAGAACUCCUUCGCCCCGAAUUCUGGUCCCAGUUUGACUACGUCCUCAUGGAAGAUCCAUCUCUCGUCAUCGGAACAUGGGACACCAUCGGUCGGAUACACAGCUACGACGGCAUCGAAAUCCUGCGACCCGGCCAGACAGCCGUGUCAGCAAAAUCAUCGCCUGAGCAAGGAGCUGAUGGCAGUAUCCUCGGCCAGGGCGCUACUAUUGCCACGGUCAGGGACAUGGUGAGGAAAUACACCGGAGGCUGGUGGAUUGGCCCCCGGAUGUCGCCCCGAAUACACAUCAUGAAACAAGUUCGAAAGGACGAUGCAGUAUCCAAGUGA